AUGAACGAGUGCGCCGGCUGCGCUCAACCAAUUCUUGACAGUCUGAUAAAAAUGAAGUUGAAAUUCAGGUAUGUAUUCAAUGUGGUCGGUAAGUCGUGGCACCAAGCAUGUUUACGCUGCUCUGACUGUCUAUCGCCGAUGACCGAAACAUGCUUCAGUCGCGACGGGUUGAUUCUGUGUAAAAGCGAUUUCGCCAGACGUUAUGGCCAGCGCUGUGCAGGUUGCGAUGGUGCGUUGGAGAAGGAAGACUUAGUUCGGAAGGCCCGUGAUAAAGUGUUUCACAUUCAAUGCUUCCAGUGUUCUGUCUGUCAGAGGCGGUUGGACACUGGGGAACAGUUGUACAUUCUGGAGGGCAACCGAUUCGUCUGUCAGCAGGACUUUCAAAAUGCCACCAAAAGCUCGACUCCCUCAUCGACAUCGAAUCGACCAGUUUCUGCCAGUUCUGGAUGUAAUUCCGACGCUGAAGAAGAAAAUGUGGACGGGGCAGAAGACGUGCCUGUCGACGAGACCGAAGGCGGCGACGGCGAGGGAAAGGACGAUGCGGCGGCUGCGAAGCGACGAGGACCGCGGACGACCAUCAAAGCCAAGCAGUUGGAGACAUUGAAAAAUGCGUUUGCUUCGACGCCAAAACCGACACGGCACAUUCGAGAACAGUUAGCGCAGGAAACUGGACUCAAUAUGAGGGUCAUUCAGGUCUGGUUCCAAAACCGUCGAAGUAAAGAGCGGCGCAUGAAACAGUUACGAUUCGGGGGUUUUCGUCCAACGCGGCGGAGUCGAGGUGGUCGUGACGAUCUGUGUCAGGAUAUGUUCCAAAAUGAGGGGCCGCCGCCCGGAUUCUUCAAUCAACAUCCAAUCAACUUUUUCUGCGAUCCAUAUGGUGAACGAGGUCCGUUGCCACCACUGCCGGCUUUCCCUGUGACCACUGACACACCUCAUCCUUUGGUGCACGAUGGCUUCGGUGAGCGAACUUCUCCGAUGACGGCCUCUGGCGGUGGCAGCGGUGUGGUCAGCUCAAUCCCAACAUCCCUUCUUCCCACCGACUUUGAUCCGGAAAUGGGCGGCUACCAGCCGUUGCCGUCGAUGUACUCCACGGAAUUGAAAGUGCAUCCAAUGGCUGGCUGGUAG